UGCGCGUGUGUGUGCGCGCGCGUCUGUUGGUGUUGUGCGUGUGUGUGCGUGUGUGUGUGUGUGUGUGUGUGUUUGCUUGCGCCGAGAGCUCCGAAGCUCAUUCACUUUCAGCAUCUCUUGGAGGCGGUGAUCCAGGAGCGAGAGACCGGAGAGAGAGAGAAGAGGGAGCGCAGAGAGAGCCCGAGCGAGCCCGGGCCCGGCCGGAGCCUGCGAGCCUCUGAUCUUUCACCUGCCCCUGGGCCGGCGCUGGGCAAGGCAGGGAGGAGGCGGCGCCAAGGCUGGUCCUGCCAAUCAUCUCCUCUCCUGGCAGCGCCCCCGGCGCCCCCCUCCCUGCCCUCCUCCUCCUCCUCUUCCUCCUCCCUCUCCCCCCUCCCCUCCUCCUCCUCCUCCUCCUCCCCAGCUCCACUCCCUCCUGCCAAACUGUUAGCCCGAGUGUUACCGUCAGGCGCAAUGACAUCAGGGUUUUAAAACAACUUGUUAUUCGGGGAGUAAUCAGUUGCAAUUAGGCAUUAAUUAAGUAUUAUGAAAGUUGAUUAUUUAAGUGAAUUCGGCUUUCGACUCUCCGACUAUGAGUUUGGGACCAAAGAGAGGAGCAUGGAUCUUGGUACAGCUGAAGGCGCUCUAUGCCCUGACCCAUCCUCAGGAAAACCCGCGAUGGCGGCCAAGCGCAAAGGCGGCCUGAAGCUCAAUGCCAUCUGUGCCAAGCUGAGCCGCCAGGUGGUGGUGGAGCAGGGAGCAGAGACGGGCCUCCGGCCAGAAGGCAGCCAGGGCAACCCCCUGCGGCCCCGGGAGAAGGAGCAGGGCGGCGGGUCGGAGGCCAGGGUCACCCAGACGCCUCGGAGCGAGGAGGACAGGCGGCGGGCCGUGAUUGAGAAGUGGGUCAAUGGGGAGUACAGUGAGGAGCCAUCCCCAGCCCCAGUCAUAGGGCGCAGUGUCCGCGAGGGCCUCGAGCUGCCCCCUGAGGGUGUCUACAUGGUACAGCCCCAGGGAUGCAGCGAUGAGGAGGACCACGCAGAGGAAACUCGGGGGCCCACCUCCCAGAGCAGCAGCUUCCUAGAAGAACGGGACUCAGAUGGGCUAGCGCCCAAGGAGGAGGGUGCGAACAAUGCCAAGCAGGCUUCAGGAGAAGCCUCCUCCCUCCGAGACUACGCUGCCACCACCAUGAAUGAGUUCCUCGGCAUGUUCGGCUACGAUGACCAGAACGUGAGGGACGAGCUGGCCCGCAAGGUCAGCUUUGAGAAGCUCCACGCAGCGCGGCCCCAGGCGUCCCCGGCGCCCCCGGCCUCGGAGGACAGCAAGCGGCCCAGGUUCUCCAAGUACGAGGAGUACAUCCGCAAGCUCAAGGCCGGCGAACAGCUCCCGUGGCCCACGCACGGUGCCAAGGCGGAGGAGAGAGCGGGCAAAGAAGCCGGGCCCAUGCCGGGCCUGCGGCUGCCCAGCAACACGGCCCACCUGGAGACCAAGGCCACCAUCCUCCCGCUGCCCUCCCACAGCAGCGCCCAGAUGCAGGGGCUGGUGGCCCGCGCCUCCAAGUACGACUUCUUCAUCCAAAAGCUCAAGACCAGCGAGAGCCUGAGGCCCCAGAACGGCAACACGUACAAGAAGCCGUCCAAGUACGACCUGGAGAACGUCAAAUACCUCCACCUCUUCAAGCCCGGGGAGGGCAACCCAGACAUGGGGGGCGCCAUCGCCUUCAAGACCGGCAAGGUGGGGCGCCCCUCCAAGUACGACGUCCGCAACAUCCAGAAGCUGGCGCCCGUCAAGGCGCCCCCCGCCCCCAGCCUGGCCCCCGCGCCCCUGGCCGGCGCACCGGGUGCAGCUGCCCCUGUGGUGGGGCCCGAGCCACCAGUCUCCCUGCCUUUCAACACUCCCGAGUACCUGAAGUCGACCUUCUCCAAGACCGAUUCCAUCACCACGGGGACUGUCUCCACCGUCAAGAACGGAUUGCCCACAGAUAAACCAGCUGUCACCGAAGAUGUAAAUAUUUACCAGAAAUAUAUUGCCAGGUUCUCUGGCAGUCAGCACUGCGGCCACAUACACUGUGCAUACCAGUACCGGGAACACUACCACUGCCUCGACCCUGAGUGCAACUAUCAGAGAUUCACCAGUAAGCAGGACGUGAUCCGUCACUACAACAUGCACAAGAAGAGAGACAACUCCCUGCAGCAUGGCUUCAUGCGCUUCAGCCCCUUGGACGACUGCAGCGUCUACUACCACGGCUGCCAUCUCAACGGCAAGAGCACGCACUACCACUGCAUGCAGGUGGGCUGCAACAAGGUCUACACGAGCACCUCCGACGUCAUGACCCACGAGAACUUCCACAAAAAGAAUACUCAGCUCAUCAACGAUGGCUUCCAGCGCUUCCGGGCCACUGAGGACUGUGGCACUGUGGACUGCCAGUUUUACGGGCAGAAAACCACUCACUUCCAUUGCAGGCGCCCCGGGUGCACGUUCACGUUCAAGAACAAGUGUGACAUCGAGAAGCACAAAAGCUACCACAUCAAGGACGACGCGUACGCCAAGGACGGCUUUAAGAAGUUCUACAAGUACGAGGAGUGCAAGUACGAGGGCUGCGUGUACAGCAAGGCCACCAACCACUUCCACUGCAUCCGCGCCGGCUGCGGCUUCACCUUCACCUCCACCAGCCAGAUGACGUCGCACAAGCGCAAGCACGAGCGCCGCCACAUCCGCUCGGCGGGGGUGCUGGGGCUGCCGGCCGCGCUGCUGGGCUCCAAGGACACCGAGCUCGAGGAGUCCAGCAACGACGACCUCGUCGACUUCUCGGCCAUGAGCAGCAAGAACUCGAGCCUGAGCGCGUCGCCCACCAGCCAGCAGUCGGCCGCGUCCCUGGCGGCGCCCGGCGAUGCCCCGCCGCCCCCCGCCGCGGCCAAGCCGCCAGGCGGCAAGAUGUCCGGCCUGCUCCAGCAGGCCCUGCCCAGCAACAUCCCGCUGGCCCUGGCGCUCUCCAACUCGGCCAUGCCGGCCGCGGGGCCCUUCUUCCCCAUCCUGCCCGGACGCGUGAGCACCCCGCUGCCCGUGGGCGCGCCCAGCCUGAUGGGCGCCCUGUCCUCCGGGGCCGCGGCCGGGGCUCCGGACACCCCCACGCCGGCCGGUUCCGGGCCCGGCGACUCUGCCCCGGCUGCCUCCACGUCGUCCCCGGCCCCCGCCGCCUCCAUCAUGGAGAGGAUCUCCGCCAGCAAGGGCCUCAUCUCCCCCAUGAUGGCCAGGCUGGCCGCGGCAGCCCUCAAGCCCUCGACGACGGCUUUCGAGCCGGGGAAUGGGCAGCAGCAGCAGAUCCCUCCUGGACGGUUCCCCCCAACCCAGGUGAAGCAGGACCCUGGCGAGAACCCCUCGACUUCCUCCUCCUCAGGUUCCCAGGAGACCUUGCAGGACCGCAGUCUGGACCUCAGUGUGAAGGAACACGGCAAUGAAUCAAAUAGCCACGUAGUCGCAGCAAAUUCAUCUCUUUUAUCCUCGCUUAUGAAUAAGAUGUCCCAAGGCAACCCCAGCCUCGGAAGCCUGCUGAGCAUCAAGACUGAGGCAGAAGGGGGCGCCACUGGAGAAUCCUCUCCGUACCUGGGAAAGGCUGUGAAGAGCCUGGUUCAGGAGAAGUUGUCCGAGCCCUGGAAGGCAUACCUGCGCAGGUUCGGCACCAAGGAUUUCUGCGAUGCCCAAUGUGACUUCUUGCACAAAGUUCAUUUCCACUGCGUGGUAGAAGAGUGUGGCGCCCUGUUCAGCACCCUGGACGGGGCCAUCAAACAUGCCAACUUCCACUUCCGAACAGAGGGAGGAGGAGCGGUAAAAGGAAACACGGAAGCCUCCUUCCCAAACACAGCGGCUGAGACCAAGCCUUCGCUGGCCCCGUCUUCACCUCCAGCACCCUCUGUCACCACUGUGGCAGCGGCAGUGACCACUUCCAGCCUGGAGGUGCCCACUGCCAGCCCAGCCACUAUGCCCUCUGCCCCGACCCUCCUCGCCUGGAAGCAGCUGGCUUCCACCAUCCCUCAGAUGCCUCAGAUUCCGUCAUCGGUGCCGGGGAUGGCUGCUUCGCCCUUGGCCACGACUUCUCUAGAAAACGCCAAGCCCCAAGUCAAACCUGGAUUCCUCCAGUUCCAGGAGAAUGACCCCUGCCUCGCGAAUGACUGCAAAUACGCCAACAAGUUCCACUUCCACUGUCUCUUUGGAAACUGCAAGUACGUCUGUAAGACCUCCGGCAAGGCCGAAUCACACUGCCUGGACCACAUCAACCCCAGCAACAACCUGGUGAAUGUGCGCGACCAGUUUGCUUACUAUUCGCUACAGUGUCUCUGUCCGAAUCAGCACUGUGAGUUCAGGAUGCGAGGCCACUACCAUUGCCUCCGGCCCGGCUGCUACUUCGUGACCAACAUUACAACCAAGUUGCCCUGGCAUAUAAAGAAACAUGAGAAGGCCGAGCGCCGGGCAGCUAACGGGUUCAAGUAUUUCACCAAGCGCGAGGAGUGUGGGAGGCUAGGCUGCAAGUACAACCAGGUCAACAGUCAUUUCCACUGUAUCCGCGAAGGCUGCCAGUUUUCCUUCUUGCUCAAACACCAGAUGACAUCCCACGCCCGGAAGCACAUGCGGAGGAUGCUGGGGAAGAACUUUGACCGAGUUCCCACUCAGGUGAUGGGACACCCCGCGAGGAAGGAAAGCCUCUGCCAUGUGGGCAGCAUGGCCCCCAGCCUAGCUUCAUCAGGGACCCCCGCUUCAUUUCAGGGACCUCCAAGCCUGAUGGACACCGAGACGGACGAGUACAUGGAUUACACGGGCUGCAGCCCCGGGGCGCUCUCCUCCGAGUCCUCCAACAUGGACCGAAGCUGCUCCAGCACCCCGGUGGGCAAUGAGAGCACCUCCGCAGGCUGCCUGGCUGCUGCCGCUCCUGCUGCCGCUGCCGACGAGGCCGCCGCCCCCCAUGCGGCCCCCCAGCCUCCACUGCCUCCAUCCUUCUCACAGGGCCUGCUCAGGUCGCCCCUCCCCUCCCUCCCAUACCUCCUCUCUCCGUCUUGUCUCUCAUAUUCUCUGCUCAGUGCCACCCUUGGAAGCAGCCGGGCCAUUGUCCUGCCCGCCACCAGCACGCCCGGCUUUCCGUCUGUCCUUGCCACUCCACCUCCAGUCAAAAGUGACAUCCCCAUAGUGCAGGACGCUGCAGGGAACACCAUCACCAUGCCAACCGCCUCCGGCGCCAAGAAGCGCUUCUGGAUCAUCGAGGACAUGUCUCCCUUCGGCAAGCGCCGCAAGACGGCGUCAUCGCGCAAGAUGCUGGACGAGGGCAUGAUGCUGGAGGGCUUCCGGCGCUACGACCUCUACGAGGACUGCAAGGACGCGGGCUGCCAGUUCUCGCUCAAGGUCACGCACUACCACUGCACGCGGGAGAACUGCGGCUACAAGUUCUGCGGGCGCACGCACAUGUACAAGCACGCGCAGCACCACGACCGCGUGGACAACCUGGUCCUGGACGACUUCAAACGCUUCAAAGCGUCUCUGAGCUGCGGCUUCGCUGACUGCCAGUGGUCCGGCAACAGCACCCACUUCCACUGCCUGCGCUGCGGCUUCCGCUGCACGGACAGCACCAAGGUGACGGCGCACCGCAAGCACCACGGCAAGCAGGACGUGAUCAGCGCCGCGGGCUUCUGCCAGUUCAGCUCCAGCGCCGACUGCGAGGUGCCCGACUGCAAGUACAAGCUCAAGUGCUCGCACUUCCACUGCACGGCCCCCGGCUGCAAGCACACCGUGGUGGGCAUGUCGCAGAUGGACUCCCACAAGAGGAAGCACGAGAAGCAGGAGCGGGGCGAGCUCGUGCCCGCCGCCAGCCCGGGGCCCGAGGGGCUCCCGGCCGGCGCCCCGGACCUCGAGGCCCCGAGGGGCGGCGGCGGCGGAGGCGAAGGCGCGGGCCUCGACAGCUCGCUCAACCUGGGCGCGGACGCCGGCGGCCCCCUCUUCUUCCUGCAGAAUGCCGCCGCGGGCCUGGGCCUCAACGACUCUCUGGACCUGAGCAAGAAGCCCCCUGAGGGCCAGGGCCCCUGCCCCGCCGACCCUCCGCUGGCGGUGCCCUGCGCUGCUGGGGGCCUGGACGACUCGUCCCAAGAGGAAGAGGAGGAAGAGCUGAAUGAGGAUGAGGAGGCGGAGGAGGAGGACGAGGAGGACGACGACGAGGAGGAGGACGAAGAGGACGAGGAAGAAGACGACGACGAGGACGACGACGACGAGGAGGAUCUGAACACGGAUUCCGAGGAGUCGCUCCCCGACGCCGCCCCAGGUGAAGCCCUUGGCGCCAAGGGCUCUGGAGCAGGAGAGGAGACGUGUCCCCUGAACCACAGCGAUGCUUCCCGGCCUCCCGCAGGAGACUUGACGGCUUCUACCUCCCCGUAGCCUCCCGGACAAGGCGUAUGUCUCCUUAGUUCGUUUGCUUGUUUUUGUUUGAAAGUAAGACACAGCAGAGACCCAGAACCCCCAUAGACGAGAGC